UGGUUGGGAUGGAGGUGACGAAGCAUGGAAGCUUCUCUUCGACUUCUCGUGAAGCGCUCGAAAUUCUCCGCGUUGCUUUUUGACUUCGUUGGCGGUCUGUUAGGGUUUGGAUUCUUGAUCUCUGUUGCUAUUUGGUUUCGAUCUUGCGGAUGUGUUUUGUGUUUUGAAGCUUUGGCGGUGGAUUUUGGUGAAUAAUCUUGAAAUCAUAUUGGAUUAAGACGAUGCGGGCACCGUCGCUCCUUGCUCAGUGUCUGCCCGGCUUAAUGCCGCAUGAAAAGGCUGGCCAUGGCGUUUCUAUUGUUUCUGAGAGGGAUGUUCGUCAUCCAUCGCCGGCUGUUGAAAUUCUUCCUUCAAAGACUGCUCAUCCCUACAAGUAUACUGGUGAAAAUGCUGAUCUGCACGGUCUCAACAUCUUCAAGGGAAGAGUUAGUGUGGCUGACAUCAUUGGGUUUUCUAGUUCUGAGAUGAUAUGUUCAAAAUCUGAUGGGUCUUUGAAAUCCUGGGAGAGUGCCAUUGAUCUUGUAAAUGUUCUUAAGCUUGAGAUCCGUGAUGGACAGUUGAGCUUUAGAGGCAAAAGAGUUCUAGAGCUUGGUUGCGGAUAUGGACUUCCUGGGCUUUUUGCCUGUUUGAAGGGUGCUUCUAAAGUUCAUUUCCAGGACCUAAAUGCUGAAAUGAUAAGGUGUACAACCAUACCCAAUGUUCUUAUGAAUCUUGAGCUGGCACGGGACAGGCAGAGCCGCCAACCAGAGAGUCCCCUUACACCAUCCCGGCAGCAAUUGGCCCCUGAAGUCCAUUUCUAUGCUGGGGACUGGGAAGAACUCCACACUGUUCUUUCGGUGGUGCAGAAGGAUAGCUUUGAGCCAGUUCCUGUAAUGAGCCUGAGCUUCUCAGAAGAGGAUUUCAUGGAUGCUUGUAGCAGUCAGGAUGGAAGUGUUGUCGGCCAUGAUUCUUCCUCAAGACGACGUUCAAGGAAGCUCUCUGGAAGCCGUGCUUGGGAGAGAGCUAGUGAGACUGACCCGGGAGAUUGUGGGUAUGAUAUAAUUUUGAUCACCGAGAUCCCUUACUCUGUGAGCUCUCUGCGCAAGCUGUAUUCCCUUAUAACUAAGUGUCUACGACCUCCAUACGGCGUGCUGUAUUUGGCUGCAAAGAAGAACUACAUCGGCUCCAAUGGCGGGGUGAGGCAACUGAGAACCUUGGUUGAUGGGGAAGGCGUGUUCGGUACGCAUAUGGUAGCAGAACUGACAGACAGGGAAAUAUGGAAGUUUUUCUUCAAAUGAGCACACUCAGCAACAUCGCAAUAAUUCUUACUAUUAGCUGCCUUAUGUUGUGUAAAUACAUCAAUCAGCUUGAUCAACAACCUCCUCCGUUAUUCUGGCAAUAAGAUCAGAAGAUCAGAUUGCAAAAUUUGUGAAGCUCAGUCAAUUUGUAAAAUGUUCUUUGUUUCUUUGAAUUUUUUUUUUUUAGUUAAAUGUGACAACAUAUACACCUGAGCUGAUAGUUUGAUCAAUACGGUUUGACUUUCUUAUUGGUCUUUCUAUCUUGUGGACUUCUGAAAGUUAAAAACACAUUACCUAACUAAGUUCAUUGUGUUCA